CUCCAUUGAUGCCUACUGUACCGGUCGGUAAAAUUGCUCACUAUGAUUGAUGUAUAUCAUUUGCUUUUAGCGUUGAUCUAUCCUACUCUUGUUUUCUAGUGUACGUUGGGAUAUUAUGGAUUCAAAUUUCGAUCCUUUCGCCCAGUUGUACGGGAGGCUGAUGGAUGAGAACGAGAGCGAAUGCUGCAAAGCCGAGGAAUGGAAGUUUUUCACCCUUAGCUACAAUGCUGGUCAGACUGCGGAGCUUGAGGUGGUUGGGAUGGAUAUUUGUGGGAUUGAUGAUUGGGUUGAAAAAAUGAUAUCGUCCAACAAGACUCCAGGUGUUGAUCUUCUCCUCGCGAGACACAGUCAGCUAGGACGACAAGACGUCCCAGCUCGAUGGAUGCCCUUCCGACCCGCACACUUCAGAAAAGUCUUCAGAGGUCUCUCUCUCCACGAAGACUUCUACGAUUUUCGCACCUACGCUAGUGAAUCGGGCGGGCUUGCUUACCAUUCUUGGAGAGACCCGAAAGGUGAAUUAAUCGGUCUCAAAUUCUUAAUCCGCUCCGCCCAUUCCUCCGUAACCACCCACGGCUCAAAUUGGUCCUUCGCACUUACCUGGCAUGCUAGCACUGGCCGCACAACCGGUUUCCUAGACGGUAUUGCUGACAUAGACAUGUCCGACUUGGAAAAAUACUUGAAAUCCGCAUCACCACAACUCGGGCAUCCGCUUAUGCUUCCAGAAAUCCUACUGGAUAUGAUAACCAUGCACCUCAACCUUCGAAUCCGCCUCCCGGAAGAGCAGAAACACUUCGCUGAUGAACGACGAACCGGCGUCUCGCACGUAUAUCCAUUUAAUACUGUGUGGAAUUUUAGCUUCAGCGAGUUUAGGGAGACGAUGCAGCGCGCGACUACGUUUAAUACGACGUUAGCGUAUCUGCAGAGGAGAUUUAAGUUCGCGACGCAGCUUGCGAGGAAGCUGGUAGAAGUGUUAGAAGAGAUAGAGGGGUGUCUGGAGGUGGAUAAGGAUGGGGAUGGAGGGAGGAGGUUAGGUUUGGAGAUAGGUGGUGUGGAAAGAAAAGAGAGGUUUAGGAAUCGAAUCGGGUUGUUGGAGAAUUUUGAGUGUCAGGUUGAGUGUAUGCAGAAGAGGAACGAGAAUACUAUUGCUGUGCUCUGCACAGUCCUCUCCCAAAUCGACUCUAAAACCCAGGUCGAAAAGGCGGAAACCCAAGUCGAAAUGGCAAAAGCGCAAGUCGAGAUGGCGAAAGCUAGUUUACAAAUCGCACAAGCUGUUCGUGGUGAUGCGAUACCAAUGCGGACGAUUGCUUAUGUUACUUUGCUGCUGCUCCCCGGGACGUUUAUUGCAGCAAUCUUCGGAAUGAACUUCUUCCAAUUCGACACUUCCACGCGCCAGCUCAUUGUUGCGAAGUCCUUAUGGCAGUACUUCGCUUUCGCGGUCCCGGUCACGGUUCUCACAGUUGCUAUCUGGAAUUAUUGGGUGCGGUGGGAGAAGUCGAGGGAAGGGGACAUAAAUAGUGCUAGUGGGGCGGAGCAAUGGUGUUGGGAAUGGGGAUGAGAAUGCGAGUGGGUGCCAGAGGGGAGCAGAAGCGGCGUGGAAGUGGGCGAGGACAUGAACAUAUGCAGACUAUACUGCUGCUCGCAUUUCCGGAGAUAUUUCCGGGGUUUGUGCGGAGAUUUGGUGGUAGGAAACUGAUAGAUGCGAAUGUGGAGUUGGUUGCUGCG